AUUAUGUCUAGCCCCAUACUACUAGGUAGGCAUACCAUUUGGAACUUAUGUCAACUAACAUCAAUGAUUGAAGUUUUGAACCCAUUGACAGUCAAUUGCACAAGUAGCUAACCUACAUCAAUAUAUCUAAAUACCUACAUACAUAGUACACCUUCUGAGUCUAUACACACCUCAAACCACACACAUACCUAUAUAUAUAAGACAAUCUGGAACCCAGCCGGCACUUAUUACUAUUGGUAAUAUCUAAGCCUCGUCGACAAUGGCCUCAACCUCGGCCUCGACCUCGAGUCCCGCAGCAUCAACAGAUUCUCCAUUUCCGCUUCCCCGUGUCACCAUCCGCUUCUGUACACAAUGUAAAUGGAUGCUGAGAGCUGCCUAUUUCGCGCAAGAGCUCCUCUCCACCUUCUCAACCGCCCUCGGCGAGGUAGCCCUGCAGCCAUCCACAGGCGGCACCUUCACAGUCGAGAUAUCCUAUGCUCAACCCUCAUCCUCCUCCAACCCUUCCUCCUCCCUACCCACCCUUCCGCCAAACCCCACCCCAACAAUCCAGCACCGCGUCCUCUGGGACCGCAACCUCGAUGGCGGGUUCCCCGAGACCAAGGAGCUGAAGCGGCGCGUCCGCGACGUCAUCGAGCCGGGCCGGGACCUCGGACACGUCGACAGGGACUACUCCGCCUCUUCCUCCUCUGCUCCCAAGCGGACAAGGGUAGAGUCCGCGAGCCAGACGACGGCGGCAGCAUUAGCAGAAAUAACGACAGCAGUAGCAGGGCUAGAACCACGACAGCCGCCAACCGCGGAUAAUGAGAAUGCCACCAUGUCAGGGACCGAGCCUCAGAAUCAGACGACGGAAGCAGAAGGAUCAGCGGCAGCGGCACCAAAGCCGAAAAAACAACGAAAGCCGCGGCAGCCAGGAGCUGCGGCUCAAAAGAACGCCCGUGAGCCAGACCCUAAGUCCUGGGACCAGGCGGUGAUAGCAGCAAUAGUGACGGCACUGGAAACGCCGUUACCUAGGGGGAAGAAGAAGCCUCUCGAUCCAUCAGAGUCCGAGUGUGAGGACUGCGAAUAAGUUGACUUGUAGUUGAUUAUCUAGCACAGGUAGGUAGGUAGGUAGGUAGGUAAGUCAGGAAAUUGGGCUAUUUCAACCCGGGCCUAUGUAUGGGUAUAUAUUUAUCUGCCUACCUAACUACUUGCUCUGCCUACCCUAGGGAGGCAACGAGGAAAUUGGGCUG